UUUACUUUUCCAAUUUAUAUAUUUCACCGUCUGAUAGAAGCAGAGACGAAUCCCUGAUUACACGAUCGGUGGCGAUCGUUGUCACCAAGAAUCUUCGAAAAGUUUCUUCCGUCUUUAAUGGAUAAUCUGAGUUUUCACGACGGAAAUAUCUACAAUCUCAUCGAGAGAAGGUCGGUGGAACAAAAUCAUGAUGUUGAUCAAAGACUGCAAAUCCACUCUUCCUUGAUCCGGAGGCUCUCUCAGGAGAGAGAAUUGGAGGGGCAUCAAGGUUGCGUUAAUGCUCUGGCUUGGAAUUCUGAAGGUUCAUUGUUGAUAUCUGGGUCAGAUGAUACAAGGGUUAACAUUUGGAGUUACCCUAGUCGUAAGCUUUUGCAUUCUGUAGAAACAGGGCAUUCCGCAAACAUAUUUUGCACAAAAUUUGUCCCUGAGACUUCUGAUGAGCUUGUGGUCUCUGGAGCUGGAGAUGCUGAAGUGAGAUUAUUUAAUUUAUCGCGGCUCAGCGAGAGAGCAAAUGAUGAUAAUGCUAUCCCACCGUCAGCCUUGUAUCAAUGUCACACACGAAGAGUGAAAAAACUAGCUGUUGAAGUUGGAAACCCCAAUGUUGUAUGGAGCUCUAGUGAAGAUGGGACUCUAAGACAGCAUGAUUUACGAGAGUCUACAUCUUGUCCUCCUGCCGGGUCUGCUCAUCAAGAAUGUCGCAAUGUUCUGCUUGACUUGCGAAGUGGAGCAAAAAGUUCACUGGCUGAUCCUCCUAGGCAAACUCUUUCCCUCAAGACUUGUGAUAUAAGUGUAACAAGGCCGCACUUGCUUCUCGUUGGCGGAAGUGAUGCAUUUGCUCGUCUGUAUGAUAGAAGGAUGCUACCACCACUAUCAUCAUGUCGGAAAAGGAUGCCUCCACCUCUGUGUGUCAACUAUUUCUGUCCAAUGCAUCUUUCUGAACGUGGGCAAUCAGGUUUACACCUAACACAUGUUACUUUCAGUCCUGAUGGAGGCGAGGUUUUGCUUAGUUACAGUGGGGAGCAUGUGUACUUGAUGAAUGUAAAUGAUGGAGUUGGAACUAUGCAGUACAGUCCAGGAGACAUAGCAAACCUGUAUUCCUUCAGUCAUAUCCUCCACGGUGUAGAAUCUCAACCCCCAGUUUCCAGUGUUCCUCAAAAUGGCACUCGCAAAAGUAGCAAUCCUGCAAGGCUGAAAAAGUGCAGGGAGUUGGUUGAAAUAGCCAAAAGGUCCUUAGAAGAGGGAGCUGAUGUUUUCUAUGCGAUUGAGGCAUGCAGUGAAGUUUUGGAUGGGCAUUCCGAUGAGAUUGGAUCUACAUUGAAACAUGAGUGCCUUUGUACUCGUGCUGCCUUAUUGCUUAAGAGGAAGUGGAAGAAUGAUGUCCAUAUGGCUGUACGAGAUUGUCAAAAUGCUCGAAGCAUCGAUGCUUCCUCCUUCAGAGCUCAUUAUUAUAUGGCUGAAGCAUUGCAGCAAUUGGGAAGAUGUAAAGAAGCCCUUGAUUUUGCCAUUGCUGCACAAAGUAUGAAUCCGCCUUCAAAUGCUGACAUAGUGACUAAGGUGGAGAGUAUCAAAAGGGAUCUUGAAGCAGUGGACGCUGAAAAAAAUGACAAGACCAAAGUUCAGACUGCUAGAGUACUUUCAUUGAGUGACAUACUCUAUAGAUCAGAGGCCAACAGUGACACCUCACAUGAUAUGCCAAGAUCUGAAAGAGAAGAAUCUGAUUAUGAUGAGGAACUGGAAUUGGAUAUUGAAACUUCAGGAUCUGGUGAUGAAGGACGUGAUGUGGAAUCGAAUGCUUUGAGUGGUGGUCUUAACCUACGAUUUCACCGCAUAGUUGACAGAGCUGCGGAAAACGCUGGUAGUAAUGGCUCCAGUGGACCUCCAUCUUCGUCGUCUCAAAAUGAUGAAACAUCUUAUCAGCCAGAGGCAGCAAUAGAUAUGAAACGUAGAUAUGUUGGCCACUGUAAUGUUGGAACGGAUAUUAAGCAGGCCAGUUUUCUUGGUCAAAGAGGUGAGUAUGUUGCUAGCGGAAGUGAUGAUGGUAGGUGGUUCAUAUGGGAGAAAAGGACGGGUAGACUGGUAAAAGUGCUCCUCGGGGAUGAGGCUGUUGUGAACUGCAUACAGUGCCAUCCCUUUGACAGUGUUGUAGCAACCAGUGGAAUUGAUAACACUAUAAAGAUAUGGAGGCCGACUGCAUCAGCUCCAUCGAUUGUUGCGGGGGGAUCAGCUGGACCCGAGACCGCUAAUGUGUUGGAAGCUAUGGAGGCUAAUCAGCAGAAACUGAGCCGUAACCGUGAAACGAUCCUGCCCUUUGAGCUUUUGGAGCGAUUUCGCAUGCACGAGUUUUCUGAAGGAACACUACACCCAUUUGAGUGUACUCAGAGCUAAUAAGUAAAGGCGGCUUACAGCUAAAGCUUUUGUUCUUCGAAACCAAAUACUAUACAAAGGGAUUCCAAGUGUGUGUGUGCGUGUGAAGGGUGGUGGGGCUUUUGGAUAUGUGGAUUCAUAUUAGUAGCUCAAUGUGUAGCCGUUCUAAAUGACACACACAUAUAUAUAUAUAUAUAUAUAUAUAUAUAAUGCAUGUAUAUCUACAUCUUUGUGUUGGUCUGUUCAUCUACUGUUUCAAUUGUAAACAUCUCAUUUCUUUGUUGAUACAUUAGUUCAAUAGAUUUGUGUUGGUA